UGCACAAAAAAAUGUCAAAACAAGUUUGAAAACAAAAAACGGCAAGCUAUUUUUCCACAAAAAAAAAAAAAAAACAGACGCAAAGCGUAAAUAUAUGGAAAAAAUAUAGCGUCCUCAAUAACGUGAAACAUUUUAAAGUAAUAUUUGUGGAAUUCAAUAAUACAAGACAUAACCGCAUAUAAGUACCAUGCCGAAAGUUGCAGCAAAAAGAAAUGUAGCUGGUGGUGCAACUGGAGGAGGCGCCAAAAAGGCCGCUGCAGUAGCUAAGAAAUCCAAGUUGUAUAGUAUGCCAGAAAAAAUCAAAGAAGGUACUAUUUUAAGGGAUCUCAUGAAAACUGAAUGGAAAAUAGGUCCUUCAAUAGGUACUGGAGGUUUUGGAGAAAUAUACUCGGCUUCCAAGAAAGCAGAAAAUAAAUACGACUAUGUGGUGAAAUGCGAACCUCAUGAUAAUGGACCACUUUUUGUCGAAAUGCAUUUUUAUAUGCGUAAUGCCCGCUUUGAUGACAUAAACAAAUUCCAAAAGGAGCAUGGACUCAAGAGUUUAGGUAUGCCCUAUAUGAUUGGCAAUGGCUCUGCGGAAAUUAAUGGUAUUAAACAUCGUUUCAUUGUCAUGCCUCGUUAUGGCAGUGAUGUGGCCAAACAUUUCUUAGCCAAUGGACGCCGAUUACCCGAAGCCACAUGUUAUCGUUUAGCCUUGCAAAUGCUGGAUGUUUAUGAAUUUAUACAUGGUUGCGGUUAUGUACAUGCUGACCUUAAGGCAGCUAAUAUACUAUUGGGUUAUGGCAAACAGCAACAACAUCAAGCGUACCUUGUGGAUUUUGGUCUGGCUUCACACUAUACAACUAAAGAUUUUAAACCCGAUCCAAAGAAAAUGCAUAAUGGCACCAUCGAGUAUACAUCACGUGAUGCCCAUUUGGGAGUGCCUACUAUGAGGGCUGAUUUGGAAAUUUUGGGUUAUAAUUUAAUCGAGUGGUUGGGUGCCGAAUUGCCUUGGGUGAAAGAUAAAAUACUGACCAGCCCAGUAAAGGUGCAAAAAGCUAAGGAGAAUUUCAUGUCUGAUGUAGGGGCAAGUCUAAAAAAACUUUUUGCCAAGGGAGUACCCAGUGCUUUGGUUGACUUCUUUAAGUAUGUGGCAAAAAUGGAGUACAAUGAUACACCGGACUAUGAAAAAUGUCGUAAAAUGUUUACGUCUGCUCUGAAAACAUUAAAAAUGCCGUUAACUGGGGAUUUGGAGUUCAAAGUAAAAGGCGACUCUAAAAUUAGUUCACCCUCAACUAGCAAGCCGAUUAAGGUAGCCGCUGCCAAGAAAAGGAUCAAAAAAGAGGUAUUGGCUUCAGAAACAGAAUCCGAUAAAGAGUCUGAAGAUGAAAUAAUAAAUGCCAGCGAUGAUGACGAUGAUGAUGUUGUAUAUCUUAAUAACAAAAAGCCAUUGAAAAAGGAAACCAAAAGACCCUUAAAAACCGCAGUUAAACUAACACCCAAACAAAGAGUUUUAGCCAACAAUUCUCUCAAAAGAAGAAGCAAAAAUGAUUCGAGCAACUCUGAAACAUCACCUUCGCCCUCUAAACGCAGUAGACUUAAUAACACAAAAUCGCCCAUUCGAACAAAACACACGCCGUUAAAACGAAAUUCACCACUAAAAACAACAUCAUUAACUUCAUCAUCACCGGCCACAAAAACCCGACAUACACCUCUAAAUGCCAAAGCCAAUAUACGUAUGUCGCCCGCCGUAACAAUGUCCUCAACACGUUCAGGAAAAACUGUAAUCAAUGAUCGUGUAACGCCCAAUCGUAAACCCGCCAAAACAUAUGAAUUUAACUUUGAACUAGAUGUUAGUAUGGAUGCAAAUGUUAUAGUUAAUGUUAAACGUAAAAAGAAACCUUUACAACUCUCUCAGGAAAUUCAGGAUAACUCUUCAUCUAGCCGAAAUACUCCCUCGGGAAAGCACACUACAUCGAAUUUAUCAAAUUCCACUCCUGUUACUAGAGUUAAAGUACGUAAAGUUGGCAGUGGUGAUGAUGGCUCUGAUAGUCCCCGUACGCCAGCAGUGACUGUGAAAAAAUCUCGUAGAAUUCAAAAUACACCUUUGUAGGAUGUACUCUAAAUUAUUAAGGAAGCACAUGAUAACAUUCAGUAAUUAUUAUUUAUUCAACUAUAAAGGAAAUUUUUUGGUCUUAUUUUUUUUUAAUAUUUUAUUUGUUUUUGUAUUAAUUACAUAUAUCAACCUUUUCGGCACUAUUUUGCAGAUAGUAUCUAUUGAAUUAUAAAUCGAUUGAAUUAUAAUAUUUAUUUGAAGAUCCAUCCAACAAUCGUUAAAAAAAAAAUCGAUACUCCUAAAUUCCCAUAAUCACACAUUUCUGUCUUUAUGUUGUGUUAAUUUUUGUUAUACAAAACGGACCAAAUAUAAUUCAAAAAAAAUUUUAAGAAAUGUUGAAAAUAUUACUUUUGCACCUUUUCCCUAUUUGCCACAGAAUUAGUCUUGUUUUGUUUUAAAUAUUAGUAGACAUGGCUUAAAUUCAUUAAAUAUUUUCCCUUAUUACAUUUUACAUUAUUAAACCUUAUAAUCAUUAUACAGCUUAAUUUAACUUAAAAAACAUUAAAACAUUCCUUAAAGCACAAUUAAGGCAUUUUUGAAAAUUUUUUUGUUUUAUACUCUAUUGCAAACAUUUUUACUGAUUUGUACAUUUUUUAAGUGAUAAAUUUUUGUCGCGAUAAAUUUUUUCUUUGUAUUGUACGUGUUAAAUUAUUUUAUAACAUACUGCGUGUGUGUGCAUUUCAUUUGAUAAACAAAUAAAUGUUAAGUUUGAAUUUACGAAAUUUUAUUUGAAUAGUUUAGUUUUGUUUAAAUAUAUUUUAAUUUUUACUUUGAAAUAAAA